AGAUCGUAUCGACGAAAGUGUUUGGCACCUCGAUGUCGACUCAUCGCAUCCUGGAGGUGAAGAAGCUUCCAAGGGUUGGGCUGUUCGCCCAUUAAAGCGUAUUGAUAAAGAAGGAUUUCCGAUUACCGAAGUUAAAGUUGGACCGAUUGGAGAAAAAGUGGCUGCUUUGGCUCCUAAAAUAGUUAAGCAUUUAGCGGACAAUGGGUUUAAUGUUAUUGUGGAUGAGUUUGCACCAGUUGGGACAUUAGCGGAGAUCGAUUUGGAUAUUUCAGAGGAGAUUGAUCCCGAAUUAUUUAUCAAUUCUCUCAAAGAAGUUAAAUUAAAAGGACUGAAAAGGGUAGAAAUAGUUAAUCUAGAAAGGAAAGAUGAAGUGUGGCAAGGUGAAUAUCAAGAAAUACAAGAAAAAGAAAUUGGUGAAAAAGCAAUGAGUGAAUUAACCGAAAAGUUUGUUCGUCAUCUUCCCGGUAUCCUUGAAAGAUCAAAACUGAAUUCAAUUGAGAAUUUUCCUCACAAGCCUAUGGUAGAAGGAAAUAUUGGAAAUUUACAGGAACGCUUAGAACUUUUAAUCAGUUUACCUAAUCGACAGAAAAUUGACAAGGAAAUCGAAGAUAAGACAAGGGAAGCGAUUAAGGACCAACAGGAAGAGUGGUACUUGCGAGAAAAAUUAAAGGUUAUUGAAAGAAAACUAAGAAGUAAAGAAGGAUACGGGAAUAGCGAGAUGAGUAAGUAUUUAGAAAGGCUCAGAAAAGAACCUUAUCCGGAGUACAUUAAAGAAAUUAUUUAUAGAGAAAGUGAGGAAGUUAAAGAUUUAAAACUGGUUCAUCAGAAACUAGAUGAGGAACAUUAUGGCUUAACUAAACCAAAAGAAAAAGUUAUUCAGUAUUUAGCCGCUCAGCAACAAGCCAAAAAGCCCUUAGGUAAAGUUCUACUUUUAGUCGGUCCAGCAGGGGUAGGUAAGAGUUCUUUCGCAACUUCAGUGGCCGAAGCUAUGGGACGAAAAUUUGGUGAUAUUUCCUUAGGAGGAGCCUAUGAUGUAAACCUAAUCCAUGGUUUCAUCCGAACUUACAUAGGAUCUAAGCCCGGACGUUUGGUGCAAAUACUGAAAGAAACCGGAGUAAUUAAUCCAGUAAUCUUGAUUGACGAAGUUGACAAAGUGGGUCAUGAUAGUCACCGAGGUAGUCUUCUUUAUGCCUUGUUGGCAGUCUUGGAUAGUGAUCGGAAUAAGAAAUUCAUUGACCAUUAUUUAGAGGUUCCAAUUGAUCUUUCCCAAGUUAUGUUUAUUUGUACUGCUAACAGUUUAAAUAUACCAGGGCCACUUCUAGAUAGGAUGGAAAUAAUUUAUCUUUCUUCUUACACUGAGUUAGAGAAGUUUCAGAUUGCUAAAAGGUACCUUAUUCCUAAAGAAUUAAAAAAACUUAAUUUUCAAAAAGAGGAGGUUACUUUUCAGGACCAAGCAAUUAUGGACAUAAUUAAGUACCAUACUUGGGAAGCAGGGGUGAGACAGUUAACUAGGGAAAUUCAAAAUGUUUUUGAAAAAUUUAGUGAACAGUUUAUUAAAAAAGAGAAAGAAAAAUUAGUAGUUAGUCCAGAGAAUCUGAAAGAUUAUUUAGGGAAGAGAAAGCAUGAGUUUACUGAGAGAGAAAAAGAGCCUCAAAUUGGCGUAGUCACUGGAUUGGCUUGA